GGCUGGAGCCGGAGAUGGCUUUAUUCACAUCUACAAUUACGAAACGAAACGGCAGCAAGUCCCAAGUUUCACAGCUCAUGCUGGGAAAUUGACAUCACUGGCCGUUCAUCCAAGCAAACCGUACUUGAUGUCAUGGAGCUCUGAUGAAAUGAAGCUUUGGGAUUGGGACAAAGCCUGGGAGUGCGCACAAACGUUCAAGUGCAAACACUCGGGUUAUAUUUGCCAAGUCAUGUUUAACCCAAAAAACUCCAACAGUUUUGUCACUGCCUCAGCCAAUCACAUGAUAGAGGUUUGGGAUUUUGAUUCUCCUCAAUGUAAAUACACACUCUCUGGGCACUGGGACAGAGUUAACUGCCUUGAUUUCUUCACACAUGACAAUCAGCAGUAUUUGAUUACUGGCUCUAGUGAUUGUAGCGCGAAGAUAUGGGACAUGCACAGCAAUAUGUGUACUCAUACACUACACGCUUCCAUGUCUCCGGUUAUGUCUGUCAUGUUUCAUCCCAAUCUUCAGGUUCUAAUUACUGGUUUAGAAGAUGGCACUGUUUAUUUGUGGAGUUCAACUAAUUUCAGGCUUGAGAGGAUUAUUAACCCUCCUGUAAUUGAACCCCCUGCUUGGGGUUUCGGAUGGAUAUACAAUAUUUUUAGCAGCCCCGUAAGUGAACAUGUUUGGGGUCUCGCAUGUUCGAUGAAAUCAAAAGGGUUUGUGUUUGGAAGAGGAGAGACGGUAGCAAUGGUGGGUGUCGGCAAUGUAAAUACUCAGGAAGAAUCAAGUCAUCACAGUGUAGCGCAUAUAAGAGCUGACACAACUACUCAGGUGAGCACAUUAAUGAAACAGACAAUGUCAUCUCUAUAUGCUUCAUUUUAAUCUGGAAAAACUUAAUAGCACAUACUUUUUUAUCCAUCUUGUUUUGUCAAUAAAUUCUUUAAAAAAUGCUGAUCUGUCAUCGAUUCAUUAACAACA